AUGUGUGCAUUCUGCCCAAAGGUACACCCAACCCUUGAAUACUAUGAAUACUUACAACACUCUCUUCAAGCAGACCAGUCGAACCGGACGCAUGGAAGACCAGUUUUGAUGCGGCGAAACACACGAUCUUCAAAGUACGACCCCCUAAUCGAGAGGUCGAGUACGCAUAUGUCAGACGCCCUAACGGUCUCCCUACGCCACCUGGCGCCUUCAGCAGAUUUCGGAUGUGCUCCAGCAUCCGAACAGCAGCAACCGGAGUCCAACGCUGAUUCAUUUAUUAAGCCGGAACUAUCUGACUCUGCUUCGGAAAGUGAAAUGUCGAAUUCUUCUGAACACCCAUUGGUUAUACAACAACAGCGGACACGGCCCGCACUGACGCGUGUUCCAUCGAACGUGGCAGUCUCCCGCAAACUGAUUCUGCGGGGACGCCAGUUACGAUACGAAACGGAUCGACAGCAGUCGCGAGUAUCCCGAAUUGUUGAGGAGGUUCGUGGUCCCCCGAACAGUGUGUCGACCAAACGCGAUUUGCUGCUCACGAUCAUCCUUCAGAUUGACACCUCACAUUGGACGGAUUACACUGUUAGACCGACAUUGCACCGAAUUCCGCAUCAUCGUCGGUGA